GGAGGUAGCAAAAAGGACUUCCUUAGAAGGAUUACCCACGGUUCAGCAGAUGUCUAGGUGCGAGAACGCUGUUUCGGAGUUCUCAAGAGUUCUUUUUUCACUCGCGCACAAGCCUAGUAAGGUGGCAUUUGAGGAUGUUGACCCGAAAAGUGGCUUGAAAAAAAGUGAGGAAGGUGGUGAUGGUGAGCCAACCGAGCUUCAUAAAAAGGUACUUAGUGGUGGAUCAAUAGAUGAUGCCAUCCUGCAGCGUUGGAGCACUGCUAGGAAGGGACGAGCCGAAAUGGAGGAGAUGGGAGUGCUUCGAAGUGUGGAAGAGACCGCAUCGCUCAGGCAGGAAAUUGGACGUCAGAGGUCCGAAGAGUACAUUAAGACAAGGGGGACGACUCCGAGGUGGUGA